CUCCCUCUUUAUUGACAGCGAAUCUUGUUUACAUCUGCACGCGCAUUUUCGUUCCGCGGUACAGGUGUGUAUUUCGCAACUAGUUUCGUGGUAGAAAUCAAUUAAACUAGUGCUUAAAACUCCGUUUCGGAGUUGGUUAGUGUUUGGUGCGUGUUCUUGCUUAAUUAUAAAGAAAAAUGAGCGAUACAUUCAUGUCGGAGAGCGAGGAAGAAGGGGGCGAUUUUUCAGCGUCCGAAGACGAAUGGUUGCCCGGGAAAUCGGAUGGCAAGAACAAACGAAAGCGGAACGAUUCUUCAGAUAGUGAAGCUGUUUCCGACGAAUCGGAUGGCGACUCCGAAGAUGAUGAGAUAACCUCCAAAACAGUUGGUAAAGGCAAACAAAUGGCCAAAAACAACCAACGAUUCCACAAAAGCAACACAAAAGGCAAACCGCCAACUAACCGCUCGGGAAAGGCCACUGGAACCAUUGGAAGAGCAUCAGUAAAGCAAAGCUCAUAUCAAGAUUCCGAAUCCGACUCUGGCGACGAACAUCUUGUUGAUCCCACUAAACUGGAUCUAAAUUCAAAGUUUUUUGCUGCUAUCUCAUCGAGCUCACUCGCUGGCGGAAAGGUAGCCGCACCAGAUGCCGCCCCAGUGUUCGAUUGUAACGCUGGGAUGGGAAAACUCUCCGAUAGUUCAGAAGAGGAAGACGAUGCUGUGGUACAGCACGACAAUAGCCCUGCCGAAGACCGUAAGGGGCGAAAGUUGAUAGCAAAAAUUAACGAAGCGUCGCAGGCAUACGUAAAUUUCCAGGACUUUACUAAAACGCUCGAAACGGCCAAGAACCAUCUCGAAAGCGCUACGAAAAAGCAACAGCAACUCACUGCCGGCAAUGCGAUCGACAUUUCGAGCCUGCUUGCGAUGGGUGAAAAGAGUUCGACAGUGGCCGAAAAACCUAUCCCUUCCGCCAAAGGAACCACAACCAAGUCGCGUAAGGCAGCAAAGAAGCAGGCAGAAUCUGACUCCGACUGGGAGGAAGUUGAGGAGGGUGCCGAGCCGGCUAGUACGUCCCGUGCAGAAACGGUUCAAAUCACCCUCAAACCGGAGCUGGCAAAGCAGAAGAAGAAAAAGUGUACCGAAAUCGACGUGGAGGCGUACAUCAACCGGAUGAUCAAUCGCGAGAAACGGGACGCUCAGCUGGUAUUGCACAAGGUGACCAUCAUAAUGGGCAUUGCGCAUGGGAACUUUACCAACGGCGUGUUGAAUUCGCCCACCUUGCUGGCAAUCGGCAAUGCGCUCAUACCAUCGGAACGGUGCUAUCCCAACGGUCGCACCAAUGUGCAGUACUUUCAGCAGAUCAUGCAGUACUAUCGCGAAAUCGUUGAUCUGAAGGACAGACGAGUGUUUGUGAACAGCUGGAAAAGGCUGACGUUGGAAAAAUCGCUUCGCCUUCAGCUGCUCUCACAGAUGGCCAACUGUAAGCGGGAUUACAUUUUGAUGUUCAUCAUACUGCUACGCUCUAUCGGCGUGCAGUGUCGGAUGGUGACAUCGUUACAGGUGGUGCCGAAGGUGCUGUCCAACUCCGAUCUGCUGAAAGUGGUACCGGCAAAGGAGAAAAUGAAAGUGGCCAAGGACACGAAGAAAAACGUCGAGAGCGAUCAUGAUUAUGGCGAGGAAAAGAAGAAAAAAGCUAAAGUAAGCAGGAAACGGAAAUCUUCCCCUGUCGAAAUUCCGCAGCUAGAUGGAGCAGAUGAUACGGAAAGCAGCCGAAGUAACCGUUCCAAGCAGAAGCGAACGUCAGCUGUUCCGGAUGGUAACGCGAAGGUGCCGAAGGAAGCAACUAAACCGGUCAGUAUUUCACCGCGAAAAACACGAAAACAACGAAUGGAUGAAGCAAAGACUACAGAAAAGGACGAAACGACAAAGUCUGUAGCAAAAAAUAGUAAACCAUCUAAAGAGGCUAAAAAUGUUAAAAAUAGGUCCGAACCGGUAAAGGCACCCGCCACCAGCUCCCAAGAUAAAAACGGCGAAUCCUCCAAAAUGAUACGAAGAGAUUAUGAAGCGAAGAAAGACAAGAAUGACAAACUGCCGGAAAAAUCAACCAUCAAACCCACUACCAAACCCACUACCAAAUCCACCACCAGUACACCUUCGCCCGUCAAAAAGAUCGUCAAAAUUGAACGAUUCAACCCGAAAACGAGAAAAUUGCUCAAAACCCCAGUGCUAUCGACGGACGACGACGAAAGCAGCACCAAAACGAGCUCGUGCAACAAACUGAACCUGUGGAUUGAAGCCUUUGCCGAGGAGGAGCAACGCUGGAUUCCGUUGGACGUUACGCGCGGCCUGAUGGAGUGUGUCAAUGAAAUCGUCCAGCAAGCAUCCACCCCUAUGCUGUACGUGCUCGCCUGGAACAACGACGGCUCGAUAAAGGACAUCUCUGCGCGCUACUGUGCGGACUAUCUUACCGUAACGAUUAAACAUCGCAUCAUGCAGCAGUGGAUGGACAACGUGCUGGGUCCGUUCAGGGGCGGUAAACAGUGCGCUGCACGGGACGCUGCCGAGGAUCGGGAACUGAACCGUAUACUGGAGGAGCGUCCACUGCCACGCACGGUGGCGGAGUACAAAAACCAUCCUUACUUUGCGCUGAAGCGCCAUUUGCUCAAGUUUGAAGCGAUCUACCCGCCGGAUGCGCCAACGCUUGGGUUUACCUCGGGCAAGGAGCCGGUGUACGCCCGCGAAUGCGUACAAACGUUGCAUGCGCGCGAAGUGUGGCUGAAGCAGGCGCGUACGGUGAAAAUGUUCGAAACACCGUACAAGAUUGUUUCCGGCCGGCCCAAAUACGACAGGUCAUCCGGACAAAUGUUACCAUCGCAACCGCUCGAACUGUUUGGCUACUGGCAGACGGAAGAGUACGAUCCGCCUACGGCGGAAGAUGGAAUCGUCCCGCGGAAUGCGUACGGCAAUGUGGAGCUAUUCAAGCCCUGCAUGCUGCCCAAGAAGACGGUCCAUCUGCAACUGCCGGGACUGAACCGAAUAUGUAAAAAACUUCGCAUCGACUGUGCUCAGGCCGUCACUGGGUUCGAUUUUCACGGCGGCAGUAGUCACCCGGUGUACGAUGGGUUCGUCGUCUGCGAAGAAUUUAAGGAUGUAGUCGUUGACGCCUGGCAUGAGGAGCAGCAGGCCGAAGAGCAGCGAGCGAAGGAAAAGUACGAGAAGCGUGUGUAUGGCAAUUGGAAGAAGCUAAUCAAGGGUUUGCUGAUCCGCCGAAAGCUCCAGCACAAGUACAACUUUGAUAAUCUCGUCCAGUAGAACUGGGGCACACGUUUGCUCUGGUUCAUUUCACACAAAUUGAACGAUGUUUAGGUAUGUUUACUCUUUUAUUGUUUUGCUGUUAAUUUGUUCACGUUUUGUGUGUUGCUUUAUUACGGUUCAGCGUUUUUUCUAUAAAGGUCGAUCCUUGCAUCUCUGUGAAGCUCUCUGUUUUCGUGUAUCACGAAAUGUUAUGAAUUAGGCUUUCGUUUUCAAAACUUUUACCUUAUUAUAUUGUUACUCCGAGUUACAUACAUUGCACCUUGUCAACGUGAAUAAAAAUGCGUGUUCAGUAUUA